GUAAAGGACGCAGUAACGUUAUUUGAGCAACGAAGGAGCUUUCGUUGCUUGGCACCAGGAUCUAUUUGAAAAUGGCCGAAACCCAAGAAGGUACCGAGGCAAAGGAUAGCGGAGGAUAUGAUUAUAAAAGACUUCACAGCUACCCCCUUGUCAGGUAUUCUGAUAUGAACGAAGAGCUCCGAAAUGAAGCUAUUGAAUUCUGUGUAACUGCAUGUGAGAAGUUCUCAACAAAUAAUGAGGCAGCAGCAAAGAUGAUUAAGGAAAGCCUUGACAAAAAGUUUGGUUCUUCCUGGCAUUGUGUGGUUGGUGAAGGUUAUGGAUUUGAGCUAACACACGAAGUCAAGAAUCUUCUUUAUUUAUUCUUUGGUGGAACUCUUGCCAUAACUGUUUGGAAAUGUUCAUAGAUUCUUUUAGAAACUUGCUUUUCCUCUAGCUAUUUUGUUGUAUAUAAUUUUAUUAUUGCAUUGAUAUAAAUAUCCCUAUUCAUUGGUGUAAAUCGAUAGUGUGUUCUUAAUUUCGAUUCCAAUCAAUUUAUGCUAAA